CCAUAGUCUCUUUGUGUCCUCUCAAAGCCUAAAAUCCUCUUCCCAAAAUACAACAGCAACUAUGAGGGCUCUUGUCGUCUGUGCUCUUCUGGUCUCUGCAGCCGCUGAUAAGCGUCCUCCAAGCAACGGCUAUGGCCCUCCACCAAGCAGUGCUUAUGGUCCCCCAAGGAAUGCAUAUGGCGUAGAUCCUGCAAUUGAAGCCCUGGCUGGGAACAUCCCUGGAGGUGGUGUCCCUGGAGAGGACUACCCUAUCUUGGCCUCUGUCCCUGAUACCGGAUUCGACUGCAACGCCCAGAAUGUCCCUGGAUAUUAUGCUGACACUGAUGCUGAAGCUGGCUGCCAGGCCUUCCACAUCUGCCAGGACAGGCCCAAUGGACGCCGUCAGCAGGACUCCUUCCUCUGCCCCAACGGCACCAUCUUCAACCAACAGUACCUUGUCUGUGACUGGUGGUUCAACUUCGACUGCGCUGACGCUGAAGACUUCUACUCAGUAAAUGAACUCAUUGGAGUAGAGCCUUACGGAUAUGGGAAUGGAAAUGGUAACGGCAAUGGCAAUGGUAACAAUGGCUAUGGCCCUAAUGGCAAUGGAAAUGGUAACGGCAACGAGAACAAUGGAUAUGGAUCAAAUGGAAAUGGAAAUGGGAAUGGCAACGUCAGCAAUGGCUAUGGCUCUAAUGGCAACGGAAAUGGUAAUGGAAACAAUGGUUCAAAUGGAAACGGUAAUGGUAAUGGAAACAACGGUUAUGCAUCCACUGGAAACGGAAAUGGCAAGAAGAAUGGAAGGAAGAAUGGUAAUGGAAAUGGUAAGAAGAAUGGAAAGAAGAACGGCAACGGAAAUGGAAAGAGGAAUGGAAACAAUGGAAAUGGAAAUGGCAACGGUUUUAUCCCAAAUGGAAAUGGCGCAGCUUCUGCUUCUAGCAAUGGCUUUGGAACUCAGUCUGCUCCUUCUGACUCCUCCUAUGCAACUCUUUCUAAGUAAAAUACAUAAGGAAUAUGUAUUUUACACUUGUGUAUAAUCGUCUUUAAACCGAAGAUAAUUCAUGCACAGCUGACUUCACUCACCGCCGCUCCAUUAUUUUAUUUUGUUUCUCUCUGAAAACGAUUCACCAACAUCUAUAAAAUGUAUAUUUUUGUACAAUAAACUAUACAGAAGCUA